ACAAAAAAAAAAAUCCUAGUUGUCUCCGGGCUCCACAAAUUCUUUUUAGGCGCUAUAUACCGCAAAAACUCCUGCUGUGUGAGCUAGCAGGGUCUUAAAACGCACAAAUGGAGUAUGGUCCUUAAAGAGUUAAGAGACCACCUUGGCUUUUUUCAUUGCAAUAUCAAAUUGGAUACCUCAAUUUCUAUUCUUACCAGUCGAUAGCUCAACAGGCCGAAACCAUUUUGCCCCAGCUGAUCGGAUCAAAAGCGGCGUUUCUUAAACCCUAACCCCCCUGCUUUUCAGCGGAGUAUCUGCUUAUCCAGCCAAAAUGGAUGACAUUUUUUUCAGCUUCACCUUAACCAACAUGGCCGAUAUGAAGCUGAAGCUGAUUUUCCCUGGGUCUCUCGUCACGUGGCGGCCCUCUCCCCGGGGAGCACUUCCGGUAGCGCUUCCUGUGUUUGUAAACUGAGAAAAACUGGAACUCGGACAAGAGACCAAUACCUGCGAAACACGAGGCGACGAAAAGGUUUUGGUGCCAGAUGGUUGGGGUGGGUGUGGCUUGUUGUCAGACCAACCAUUUUGAGUGACGGUCCCAUUUGCGCCCGUCAACUCCUCCCCCCCCUCCCCCAGCCCCUUCAAGCGCACAGACAGAGCAACCACUGUGAUGACACACCUGCCUAGCAGCACAGUCCGUGACCACAUGAAAUGGGCAGGAUUGCUUGGCUGUGAGGCGGUCUUAUCCAGUAUGGCGCUGAUGCAGGCCGGUUCCAUGGCCGGCCAGAAGAAGAUGAUGUCCCAGCUGGGCCCGGGGCAGAGGGACAGCCCGGACCACUCCCAGCAGGGCCACGCCCCCCAGAGCCACAUGGUUCUGCCGUCCGGGGUCAGCUGCCCACCACUGCUGAUCCGAAAGGAGGGAGAGUUCCACUCUUCCCGCCUCCUGGACGAGAAGGAAAUGCGUGAGAGUGUUGACAUGCAGCUGAAGAAGAAGAACAGGAAGUCGGGGACCCCCUGCAAAGUGAGAGAACAGGGGAGUCAGAGUGAGAGGAACGGAGCGAAUGAGAGGGGGGUGUGCCGGGUAAGAGGGGGGCUCCAAGGGACGCCCAAGGUGGUGGUGGUGGACGAGAACGGGGAGUGCCCCUUGAAGGUGCAGAAGAACUUCGUGUGCGAGCACUGCUACGGGGCCUUCCGGAGCAGCUACCACCUGAAGAGGCACAUCCUCAUUCACACAGGGGUCCACGCGGAGCACCAGGAACGCAGGCCACACGUGCCGAUUGGCUCACCAGCCGGUAAAACUGAACCGGUCGUUGUCAUGGCGAUGCCAAGGCCCCGCACAAGAGGAGAGAAGCCGUUUGCCUGUGACGUGUGUGACAUGAGGUUUAUUCAGCGUUACCACCUGGAGAGACACAAGCGCGUUCACAGCGGAGAGAAGCCCUACCAGUGCGAACGCUGUCAGCAGCCCUUCUCUCGGACCGAUCGGUUGCUACGGCACCGGCGCAUGUGCCAGGUCGGCGGCGUGGGCGCCGUGGGCCCUGUUGCCACCGUUGCCAUUGUUGCCAAGGGGGAGAACCAGUCCUGCCGCGAAGUUAACCGGCCGUACCCCCAGCAGCCCCCGCCUCCUACCGCCGCCUGGACCCCGCUACAGCCUCCCCAAGGGGAGAAGCCGUUUGGCUGUGACGUGUGUGACAUGAGAUUUACUCAGCGGUAUCAUCUGGAGAGACACAAGCGCAUUCACAGCGGAGAGAAGCCCUACCAGUGUGAGCGCUGUCAGGAGACUUUCGCUCGGACGGACCGCUUGCUGCGGCACCGGCGCAUGUGCACGGUCGGCGGCGUGGGCGCGGUCGCCGCCGUGGCCAUUGUUGCCAAGGGAGAGAGCCAGUCCUGCCGCGAAGUGAACCGGCCGUACCCCCAGGAGCCCCCGCCUCCUACUGCCGCCUGGACCCCGCUGCAGCCUCCCCAAGGGGACAAGGUGUUUGGCUGUGACUUGUGUGACAUGAGAUUUACUCAGCGUUACCACCUGUUGAGACACAAGCGCAUUCACAGCGGAGAGAAGCCCUUCCAGUGUGAACGCUGUCAUAAGACCUUCUCUCGGAAGGAUCGAUUGGUACGACACCGACGCCAAUGUCAGGUUGGCGGUGUGGGUGCGAUUGCCACGGUUGCCACAGUCGCCACUGUUGCCAAGGGGACGAGCCAGCCCUGCCGCGAGGUUUCAUGGCCGUACCCCCAGGACCCCCCUCCACCCACCGCUGCCUGGACCCCCCUACAGCCUCCCCCAGGGCAGAAGAUGUUUGGCUGUGACGUGUGUGACAUGAGAUUUACUCAGCGGUACCACCUGUUGAGACACAAGCGCAUUCACAGCGGAGAGAAGCCCUACCAGUGUGAAGGCUGCCAUAAGACCUUCGCUCGAACUGAUCGGUUGUUGCGACACCGCCGCCAAUGUCAGGUGGGUGGCGUGGCUGCGGUUGCUACGGCCGCCACGGUCGCCACGGUUGCCACAGUUGCCACUGUUGCCAAGGGGACGAGCCAGCCCUGCCGCGAGGUUUCAUGGCCGUACCCCCAGGACCCCCCUCCACCCACCGCUGCCUGGACCCCCCUACAGCCUCCCCCAGGGCAGAAGAUGUUCGGCUGUGAUGUGUGCGACAAGAGGUUCACUCAGCGUUACCACCUGAUGAGACACAAGCGCAUUCACAGCGGAGAGAAGCCCUACCAGUGUGAAGGCUGCCAUAAGACCUUCUCUCGAACUGACCGGUUGCUGCGACACCGCCGCCAGUGUCAGGUUGGCAGCAUGGGCGUGGUCGCCACCGUUGCCACUGUUGCCAAGGGACCAAGCCAGCCCUGCCGCAACAUUCCGUGGCCGUACCAGCAGCCCCCUCCUCCCACCGCUGCCUGGACCCCCCUGCAGCCUCCCCCAGGGAAAAAGCUGUUUGGCUGUGACGUGUGUGACACGCGAUUUACUCAGCGUUACCACCUGAUGAGACACAAGCGCAUUCACAGCGGAGAGAAGCCCUACCAGUGUGAAGGCUGCCAUAAGACUUUCGCUCGGACCGAUCGCUUGUUGCGACACCGGCGCCAAUGUCAGGUGGGCACCAUGGGCACAGUUACCAUGGUUGCCACCGUCGCCAAGGGGACGAGCCAGCCCUGCCGCAGCGUGCAGUUGGCGUACCCCCAGGACCCCCCUCCCCCCACCGCUGCCUGGACCCCCCUACAGCCUCCCCCAGGUCAACUGACGAUCUGGCUCCCCCCUCCCCCCCUCCCCCCUCACCACCAUCCUGGAGCAGCGCAGUGAGCAGCAGCACCACCAACACACAGGCCAGCGCUCAGUGGCGCCACACGCUGCUGCAAGUGCGUACUGCAGCUUGGCUAUGAGAUUUUAAAAAACGACUUCUCACGUGAGAUCGGUUUUAUUAAUUAUUUUGUACUUUUUUUUAUUACUGUAAAAGUUCUGUUUUAUUGUUAUUUUGAGUUUAUUCAUGUGUUAUUAUGUGGCUGGGGUCAGGAGUCAGCCUUUGGGUGGGUUUGGUGGCAUUGUAGUUGGAAAAUAUAAAUGUUGGGGUAGCAAAGCAAAUGUUGCUGUAUAAAAUAAUAAUUUGUCCACAUGUAUUCCUUAAAAAAUACGUUUUUUAUUUAGAUAUGGGGAAACAAAGUACACACUGGGUUAGUGUUAUGUACAAUGUCAUAUUCAAAGUCAUGUACAUUGCUAUUAGAUUGAACAUGGUUGUUAGCGUGAUUUCCCUAUUUGAUGCAGUGUUGUGAAUAGCAGUAUUAUCAGAGCAGUCAGGGGGUUAGCGUAAAUGAGUACUCCAGAAAAUGGGACCGGUGUCAGAUUGAUGUGGUACUACUGGUGUGGAAUUAAUGCAUGGUGACAGUAAAAUAUCCAAAACCCUCAUCUGUGGCCUUCUGGCAUUCUGACCCAUUUUUACUCAGUUGUAAUUGUUAUUUUCCACAGAAGAGUACUUCUACAUCGCCCAGUUUGAAGGAAGUCAUUGGCCGGUUAACUUUUCUGUGGCCUGUUCUAGCCUUACCUUGAUUCUUAUUAAAUAAAGGUAGACCUCUUAGUCCAUGAGAUCACAAAGGAGAAGAUCAAAUUGAGAAUUUGACACUGUGACAUCACAAAGGAGCGGAUUAAAUUUGCAUUUGAUUCUUGCAGGGCCUGUGUGUGCCAUCACAAAGGAGAACAUAAUAUUUAGAAUUUGCCAUGGGAUCAUCACAAAGGGGGAGAUUUAAUGUAGGAUUUCCUCUGAUGGCCCAGACUCUUGGACUGUAACAUCACAAAGAAGUAGAUUUUGUGCUUCCAAGACUUUUGUGAAUAUGGGGUUUCCAUCCAUAUUAAGACAUAAUUAUUAAGCCAGUGUUUUCUGUGAAAAACCAAAGGGAAUUCCCAUCACUAAGACCACGGGCCCUUUGUGCAUCCACAUCUCUGAUAGUUCCAUGUUUUUUGCUUAGACUGUGGCGUAAUUGUUUAAUGCAUCACUCAUUGUUGGUCUUGUGAUUUAUGAGUAAAUCUGUUCUUUUUACUACUCUAGAUGGCCUUCAUACUGAUUUUUUAUGUUGCAGAUUAGAGAUAGGCCAGUUCAGUUGUAAGGGCUGCGUGUUUUCUUUUUUUUUGUUUUUUUCUUUUUACAACAGAAGUGAAAUCAGACUAAUGAAAAGGUUGAGAGAAAUUUGUCAGCAUAAUUUCCCAUUCCUAUCCAAUAUUGUUCUGUUGUCUCAAUGUUCUUUUAUUUUCAGUACAUUCUAAAAAUUCUGAAAAUAAUAAAGUAUAAGGAGAUAAGCAGGUUAUGGUGGGUACAUUUUCAACAAAUUCUUAUUCUUGGUCUUUUAAAAAAGAGAACUAUAUAGAGCUCAUAUAAAAAGAACAUGAUGUCAUCAGUAGUUGCUUUGAUCAAUAUUGUAUAUAAAGCUUCAGUAUUUUAAACAUAUUUUCAAGGCUUUUAUUGCCUCGAAAUAUAGCACUCAUUUUUACAACUGAAUUUAUUUUAACACAUUUCUUUUUGUGUGAAUGAACUCUAUUGUGCCUUUCUUGUGUAUGAAACACAAUAUUAUUUUUCCUUUUUAUUAACCAUCUCUGCAUGCAAUUGUUCUUCUAAAAGUUCAUAAAGGACUGUUUUGUGGAUUAUUGUUUGGGGAAAAAAUGAAAUGUUGUCAGCAUAAAUGUUCAUUUCAAAAUGUAAACUAGUGUGUGCAUUCAAGAUCGGGUUAGUCAUAUUAUCAUUAUAUUAUGAGUAAAUAGUUUCAAUAAAACCAAAUCUUUAAAUAAA